AUGUCACGCAGCAAUUUCGUUGUACGAAGCAAUUGCGAGGUGGACAAACUUAUUCUGAAGAAAAGUGACACCAGCUCGGAAGUGCAAGUGCUUGGAGUCGAAUACUCUAAUUGCGGGACGCAUUGUCGUGUCAUGGUUGAGAGGGAAGUGAUAAUGAGCGCCGGUUCUAUCGGAACACCUGCGAUCCUAGAGAGGAGUGGGAUAGGAAACGAACGAAUUCUGAAACCGUUAAACAUACCAUUGGCACUGAAUCUUGAGGGCGUCGGCUCGAAUUUUUCGGAUCAUAUAUUUGUGUUUGCAAGUUACCGGCUCAAACCUGGUCACAAAACCUUAGAGGAUCUUACCAGGGACCCGGAAUACGCUGCCGAGCAAAAGUCGAUACAUGAGCAGUCCGGAGGUGGUUUAUUCAGUCAUCCCACUUCUAUCUUUAACUUUCAAGCCCUGAAAUCACUCGUGAGUGAAGAGGAGAUGCACGAGGGACUGAAGCUUCUCGAGAAUUGUCCAAGCUAUCUGUCGCCCAAACAAUUUGAAGCCGUCGUUAAUCGAAUCAAAAACGGAGUAGCGCUAGAAUUCAGCUUAGUCAACACCUUCUUUGAGCCCGAUCUUCCUUCCGACAAGGAUACUUCAUAUCUUACUGCGAACGUCAUACUCCAAUAUCCCUUAUCACGCGGCUCAUCUCACAUCAAAAGCCAGGAUCCCGGGGAGCCCCCUUUGAUCGAUCCGAAUUAUUUGAUGCACCCAUUUGAUGCUUGGUUAUUGGCUCAGGGUGGAAAACAGAUUAGGAAAAUUAUGGCACAAGACGCAUUUAAGGAUAUUAUCUUGGACGAACAAUACCCUGGACCGUCUGUCCAAACCCAAGAGCAGUGGGAAGAGAGCAUCAGGAAGAGAGCGUCGACUUCGUAUCACCCAAUCGGAACUUGUUCGAUGCUGCCCCAGAGUGAAUCUGGGGUUGUCGAUCCCCAGCUGAGGGUAUACGGUACCCAAAAUUUAAGAGUCGUGGAUGCUAGUAUUUUGCCAGUCCAGCUUACCAGCCAUCCAGCAAUGACAGUCUAUGCAAUCGCAGAAAAAGCAGCUGAAAUGAUCCUGAACCAGUGAUUGUUCUAUGUUUCAAUGGAUCUAAUCGCGUUCUCGAAAUUUUUCAGGUUCCUCUUUCUCAUGAAAAUGAAUUCAGCCAUAAAUUUUCUUUCAAAGCAGUUAUGAAGUGAAUUUCAAUGUAUUAUAAUACAUGCUUGUCCAAGCUUCUUGUUGGAAAUGGACAAGAGUGAUU